UUCUGAAUGCAGCCAACGUUGCAAAAAAUCCUGAUUUUCUGAUUAUAAAAUUUAUUAUAUUUGUAUAAAUAUUAGACAAGGAAAGAUGUCUAAAUAUUUAUAUGACGUAUGUAAAAAAAAAUAAGAUUUUAUUUAUCUAAAAGAUAAUAGAACAGAUACUAACGAUAUGAUGUAAAAAUCAACGUUUCGAUCACGGGACGGAGGACUGAGUUAGUCUGCUGCCACUGCUAGCCAGUUUAACUUAAAAAUGGUAGAAUCUCCAAGAGUUUUAUCUGUACAAAGUCAUGUUGUAUCAGGUUACGUGGGAAAUAAAAGUGCAGUAUUUCCUAUGCAGUUGCUCGGAUUUGAGGUAGAUGCUAUAAAUUCCGUGCAGUUUUCAAAUCACACGGGAUAUAAGAAAGUUAAAGGACAAAUUCUAACCGAAAAGGAUUUGUCCGAUUUGUUAGAGGGAUUAUCAGAAAAUCAGUUAGAUCAUUACACACAUUUGUUAACUGGUUAUAUUGGUUCCGUUUCAUUCUUAAAUAAAAUUUCAUCUGUUGUAAAACAGUUAAGAGAUAGAAACCCAAAUCUUAUUUAUGUAUGUGAUCCUGUGAUGGGUGAUAAUGGAAAAUUAUAUGUACCAAAGGAGCUUAUCCCCGUUUAUAAAAACUUCAUUUUACCUCUUGCGACCAUUAUCACUCCAAAUUUAUUUGAAAUGGAACUAUUAACAGAUACUAAAAUAACAAACGAGGAUGAUGUAUGGAAUGCUAUUGACAUAUUGCAUAAAAAGGGAUGCGAGACUGUUGUAAUUUCGUCAGCAGAAUUAGCGGAAGAGUCAAAUCUUUGCAUUUUUGCCAGCUGUAGGAAAGAUACAAUGGUAAAUAAAUUGUCGAUGAAGAUUAAGAAAUUGCCUCUAAGUUUUACAGGAACUGGAGAUUUAUUUGCAUCAUUAUUUUUGUCUUGGAUGUAUAAAAGCAAAGGCAAUUUAAAGGAAGCCUUAGAAAAUACAAUUGCGUCAUUGCAAGCUGUUUUGAAACGUACUGUAGAUAGUAUUGAAGGUAAAGAAAUUAAUCCAAGGAAUGUCGAGUUGAAACUUAUUCAGAGCAAAAGAGACAUUGAAGAACCAAGCAUUAUAUAUCGUGCUUCAAUAAUAGAUUAACUACUUUAUAGACGAUACUACUUGUCAGUCUUCCAAGCACUUUUUAUAUAAAUUUUGUUUAUAUAUAGUUUAUACACUUGUUUUAGUUUUAUGAUGAUACACAUAUUUAAAUAUUUUAAAUAAAACAAAUAUAGUUA